GCUGUGUCCCUAGGAGAGGUGGUGCAGGGAGCACAGCAGCUUCAGGGGUCGAGAAAGAGGGUGGGGCCAGAGCCCACCCUUGCUGAGGCGUGUCAGAAGUCACAGCAGUGUGAUGCCCUCCAGUGCAAGAAGAUGUAUAGGCUAAACCUGCCACAAGAUCCCAAGGAGGUGGCAGCUAUUGAGGCUAGACGACACCGAGAAAAGGAGCGACAGGCCCGAUUCCUCAAUGUGCGGACCCGAGUCAUUGGGGUGGACAUUGAUGCCCUGAAUAAACAGGUAGAAGAGAAAAAGCAUCAGGAGGCAAGGGAGCAAAGCAAGGAGGCAGCUUAUGCUAACAACCAGGUGAAGUAUGAUAUGGUAGCCCAGAUGCUAGAGAAAGAACAAGCAGAACGGACACGCCGGCUGGCCAAGAAAAUCCAGGACUUUCGGGAGCAGAAGCAGCAGCUCAGGAACCAGCGUGAAUUUGACCUAUGGGAUCCAAACCAACUCAAAAAGGAGUUUCCAGCCCGUGUAGGUGAUUAUGAUCCCCGUUGUGGCCCAUCUAGCCUUCAGUGCUUCUCUGGAGAGGACCUGGACAGGGCCACACGUCUGAGAGUGCAACAAGAGCAGUUGAGAUACAACCUGGAGAACCAGCUCCAAGAGCAAAACCAAGCGAGAGCUGAGGAAAAAUGUGCAGAUAUACUCAGUGACCAGCUGCGCCUAGCCAUGGACAUGCAAGCUACCCAUAUGGCCAGGCUGGAGGAAUCCUGUCGCAUAGCCAUGAUGACUGCUAUGGCCAACGCCAACAAAGCCCAGGCAGCUGAGGUAGCUGAGAGGCGGCGCCAUGAGCAUCAGCACCAAAAGGCAGCCAACCUCUCAGAGAUCCAGAAACAUGUCACCAGUGACCUUCUUACUGAGAACCCACAGGUUGCCCAGCAUCCUACGGAUCCCAAUCGGGUCCUGCCUUAUUGCUGGAAAGGCAUGACUGCAGAGCAGCGCGCUGCCAUCAGAAAAGUCCAGGAGAGACAACGCCAUGAAAAGGAGAUGCAGCGCCAGGUUGACCACGCAAGGGAGAGAGAUUGGGAUAGGCAGGCUGUAUGCUUGGCUCAGGCAGCAAUGGAGCUAGAAGAGCAGGAGAAGGAACUGUGUGAUGAAUUUCGGAGAGGCCUAGGCUCCUUCAACAAGCAUAUGGCUAAGGAACAAAAAGCCCAGCAGAAUUAUCUUAAUUCAAUUGUCCACACCAAUAAGCCUGCAGCCCAGUAUUUCCUACAGUCCCACAUGAGCAACCAUUAAAUUUGGAUACCCAUCUCUCCCUUCUCCUACAAUAAGCUCAUAGAGUGUGAAGCAUCAGAUAAGAAUACCC